AUGCCAGCUUCUUGGAUUUGGGUUGCACUCGGCAGGUUGGCACUCCUCUCCUUCCUCGCACCGUGCGUUUUCGUGCUGGUGUUUGCGCACCCGCAACCAUGUCAGAUCCUGAAGCGGAUCGGGCACACGGUAAGAGUGGGAGCUGUGCAGCUACAGCCGCGCACCAUCUCCUCCAGCUAUCUCAGGAUUACAGAAUUCGACUGGGAAUGCUUCACCGACCGAGAAACAGUCCACGACGACCAGGAGUUAGUCUUAAAACAUGUACGUGGAAUCAGGACAAAAGUAUCCAACCAACAAAAAAGCUCAAAAAGUAAAAACGCGCUCAAACAAGUGGAACACGAGAGCGCGUUCAUGCCCAGAGACUCGAUACUGCUGGCAGCCGAAACAAUGAACCGACUUCCAAAUCUUCUACCCUACAACCUGUCUCUGGAGAUAGUAACGGCUGUAGAAACAGGUCUUGGGGAGCUACCUGCUUUUUCUUUCACAUCCACGCCUUCACCUGUAUGCUCAGACCCGGUCUCUUUCCUCCACAGCGUGUGCCACACGGUUAUAGUUCAGGGGGUUUCUGCCAUCAUGGCGUUUCCACAGAACCGAGACGAGUUGGUGAAGUUGGAGUUCGUGUCCUCAUCACUGCACCUUCCGGUCAUCAGUGUCGUACAGAAACAGUUCAGAAGGAAAAGUCGGAACUCGCUCCAUUUCCAGAUGGCCAUGCAGAACCCCCCAACUCCUCAGGCCAAUUUAAUCUUCUCCCUCCUGUCUAUUAAUAAUUGGUACGAUGUCAGCUUGCUGAUGUGCCAGGAGCUGAAUAUCUCCCGAUUCGUCUUCUUGCUCCGCAACGACUCCAGAUUUCACCUUGGACCUGUGGUCAACAUUUCCACCAACAGCAGCACCAAAAGUGACUUUCAGUCGUCCCUGCAGGCUAAUCUGGACUCCAUAAAGGAGCUAACUUCCACCGUUGUGACUUUCGGAUGUGACAUUCGGGACAUAAAGAAAAUGUUUACUAUUGCGGCAAAGUUUGGGUUAGCACUGCUGGACUACCACUGGAUUUUAGGAGACGCACAGAAUGUGGAGGAGUUAAGGACAGAAGGGUUGCCGAUGGGCCUGGUGGCACACGGGCGAAUGAGGCAGACUUCUCUGGACGAUUACAUUCAUGACUCUUUGGAGUUUAUCACCAGGGCGGUUGGGUCGGCUGCCGUGGUGUCUCCAGAGCUCGCUCUUAUCCCUGGCAUCACAAACUGCAUGGUGAUUGAAGAGAAAAAUUUAACCUCUGGAAAAUAUCUGGCCAGGUUUAUGGCUAACACAUCAUUUGAUGGGCUGAGUGGCUACAUUCAUGUUCAGGAUGGAUCCACUAUAGUCUCUGAAAGCCAUCACUUUAUUUGGAACUUGCAGCACGACCCACUGGGAAACCCUACAUGGACACGACUCGGUAGCUGGAAGCAGGGUAAAGUACUGAUGGAUUAUAGUGUUUGGUCAAACAAAAGACAUUCUUACCCAGGCAGUGAUUGGAGGCAUUCGUCAAGAAUGCACCUACGAGUAGUGACGCUAGUGGAGCACCCAUUUGUGUUCACACGUGAGGUGGACGAGGAUGGCCAGUGCCCCGCCGGACAACUGUGCCUUGAUCCGCUCACCAACGACACAGCGCUGCUUGAUGCCCUCUUCCAGGGCCUGCAAUCUGGCAACAACACAGUGCCCACUGAACUUAAAAAGUGCUGCUAUGGGUACUGCAUCGACCUGCUGGAGAAGCUUGCAGAAGACUUAGGCUUUGAUUUUGACCUCUACAUUGUGGGGGAUGGAAAGUACGGCGCCUACAAAAACGGUCGCUGGACAGGCCUGGUUGGUGACCUGCUCAGUGGGGCAGCGCAACUCGCUGUUACGUCCUUCAGCAUAAACUCCGCUCGCAGUCAGGUGAUCGACUUUACAAGCCCUUUCUUUUCUACCAGCCUGGGCAUCCUGGUGAGGACUAGAGACACAGCAGCACCCAUUGGGGCUUUCAUGUGGCCCCUGCACUGGAGCAUGUGGCUGGGUAUAUUCGCAUCCCUACAUGUCACGGCCAUCUUCCUCACCCUGUAUGAGUGGAAGAGCCCGUUUGGGAUGACACCCAACGGGAGGAACAGGGAAAAGGUCUUCUCCUUCUCCUCAGCACUUAAUGUCUGUUAUGCCAUCUUGUUUGGAAGGCCAGCAGCCAUCAAGCCGCCCAAGUGCUGGACAGGACGCUUUCUCAUGAACCUCUGGGCUAUUUUCUGUCUCUUUUGUCUGUCCACGUAUACAGCCAAUCUGGCUGCCGUGAUGGUUGGGGAAAAGACAUACGAGCAGCUUUCAGGUAUACAUGAUCCCAAGCUUCAUCAUCCAUCACAAGGAUUCAGAUUCGGGACUGUUCGUGAGAGCAGCGCUGAGGAUUAUGUUAAAAAAAGCUUUCCAGAGAUGCAUGAAUACAUGAGGCGAUAUAAUGUUCCCACAACCCCCGAUGGAAUAAACCACCUUAAAGCUGAUCCUCAGAAAUUAGAUGCAUUUAUCAUGGACAAAGCUCUCUUAGACUAUGAAGUCUCCAUUGAUGCUGACUGCAAAACUCUCACUGUGGGAAAACCGUUUGCAAUUGAAGGCUAUGGUAUUGGCCUCAAACAGAACUCCCCUCUAACGUCAAAUAUCUCUGAGCUGGUCAGUCAGUACAAGUCUGAUGGCUUUAUGGACAUGCUGCAUGAUAAGUGGUACAAAGUGGUGCCCUGUGGGAAAAGAAGUUUUGCAGUUACAGAGACUUUACAGAUGGGGAUUAAACACUUCUCAGGGUUAUUCGUAAUGCUGUGCAUAGGAGUCGCUUUGUCUCUUCUCACCACCAUUGCUGAACAUGUGGUCCAUCGCUGGGUGAUUCCCAAGAUGCAGAACAAGCCACAUUACUGGCUCCAUACAAGUCAAAGGUUGCAUCGAGCACUUAACCCGACCUUCAAUGAAGACAAAUUAUCAACUGUAGCAAAACCAGAGAAAAGGUGCAACAUUGGAAAUAACCAGCAGGCAGUGUGGAAUAGCUGUGAUAACUCAGUCUGCGCCCACCAGUGCCCAUCCAACCAGGAGGAACAGCCGAACAAUCUGGAGUGUUUACAGUGUAAAGAGAUUUCCCAUGCGCCUUCUCCUCCACAGCUGAAAAGACAGCUUCCUCUACAGUCCAACGGCAAAACGGACCUGCUGGGACUGGCACACAGUCCGCUAGUGCAGGAGCUGACGGACUUGGAGGCGCACAUUCAGAUCAUCAAACAGCAGCUGCAGCUGGCCAUGAAGAAGAAAAAAGAGCUGGAGCAAUACCAGCGAACAAAAACGGCAACCGAACCCUAG